UCAUGUUGCCAUUGCAACCAAAAAUCUCAGAAAUCAGUAGUGAAUUUCCAAUAGUAAAAAGUUUUAAGAAAGCUGCCCAAGAAGGUGCUAAAGUAGCAGGCUUUGCUUUUAGUGUAUCAUCAUCAAAAAUGACAUGUAGUAAAAAAGAUAAUCUUAAAUCUACAAAAUGCCAAAACUGCCCUGUCACAUUGUAUGCUGUUUUGGAUAAGAAAGCUGAAGCUUGGGUAGUACAAUCUUCUAAAAAUCAACAUAACCAUAAACUUCUCUUACAAUCACAAGUUCACUGUCUUUAUCAACAUCAAAUUCUUAACCCAGAACAAAAAGAGACAGUUUAUACAAUGAUUAAAAGUGGGGCAUCAGUUCAAUCAGUUGCUGAUGCAAUAUAUUGGAAACAUAGUACAGUAUAUACAAAAGAUAUUGUUAAUAAACGUGAUAGAAUUAAAAAUGCUUUAAAUAAAGGCUCAAAUCAUGGUUCUAUAAGAAACUUGUUCUUUACCCAUAUUGAAUCAGCUUACCAAACUGCUAUAUGUCCGGAAGUGCUUAUAGUAGAUGCAACAUCCCAAGCUCUUAGAAAAGCGGCAAAUAUAGUUUUUCCAGAAGCAAAAAAAAUAGUCCAUAUUUGGCAUAUGCUUGCACAAAAUCUAAGAACUAUGUGCAGAAAGUUUUUUAACAAUGAAGAUGAUUAUAACAAGCUAUUGUUAUCAAUUCAAAAAGUCGCUUAUGCAGAAGAGAUAAGUAUAGUCAAAAAAGCAUUUGAUGAAAAAAAAGAUAAAGAAUGUUGGAUAAAUGUCUUCACAAAAAAUUAUCUACAUAUGGGAGUUUAUUUAACACAAAGAGCAGAAGAAAGUCAUGGCUAUUUGAAAAAAGCAAUUGAAGCAGCAAGUGGGCUAGAUCAAUAUGAUUCAAUGCCUAUGUUGUCUUCAUCCUUGUUGCCUGAUAUAGCCAUUAAUAAGGCUUUAUAUAUGUUAAAAGAAAAAUAUAAAAACUUAAAUAAUUGUGGGUCAAAAGCUACAUUUUUGAAUAAAAUCAACACUCUAAUUGAUAAAGAGAUCGUAACUCCAAAAGCACUAUUAUGUAUUAAAAAUAGAGGCUGA